AUGAUAGACAAGGAUUCGUCUCAGGGAGCCGGUGGUUUCUUAGCAUUAGACCCAGACAAGGAAUUGGAAUUUCGAAGACCAUUUACUCAAGGUGUCGUCAAACAAACACUCAAAGUUGUCAAUACUCUAUCGCACUCGGGGGUCGCUUUCAAAGUCAAGACUACCGCUCCAAAGCAAUAUUGUGUUCGUCCAAACUCUGGUCGCAUACCGCCACAAGGAUCAAUAGAAGUCCAAGUAUUGCUACAAACCAUGAAGGAAGACCCUCCACUCGACAUGAAAUGCAAGGAUAAAUUCUUGGUCCAAGCCAUCCGAGUCGCUGACGAAGUCAUGCAGCUUGACGCAGAUACAUUCGCAACACGUCUAUCAGAACUAUGGUCGGCUGCUGAAGAUGUAAAGAAGUCGGAUCCAGAAGGUGGAAGUGAUAUCAUGGCUGAAAAGAAACUACGAUGCUCUUAUCUUGCUGCUCUACCAACUACAGGAAGUGUUGCCAAUACAUCGCCAUCACAACCAGCUGCCGUACCCGCUUCACCAACAACACCAGCUCAUAGUAAUAAUAAUAGUAGUCAACAAACAGCAGCAGCAGUAGCUCCUCCAUCAUACUCUCCUCCAACGUAUGCAGCAUCUACCGCCAACAGCUCACCAAAAGCCAAUCCAACAGUCUCUAAUCCUAAUCCCAACAACAACAAUAGCAAUGCAGGAAAUACCAAUGCUACCGUUCCCAAUAUGACCAAUAAUGGAUCUCAACCACCUAUAGCUGCAAUCACAUCCGACGCUGACCGUGAACUCCGAGAAGCCAAAGAUCAAAUCAAACGACUUCAACAAGCUGUAGAAGGAUAUCGAUCUGAAAUUGAACGUUUGACUAGCUUGAGGCAACGACGUGGCGCUGGUGGAGAUGGUGGAUCAUCUACAGGUGGUGGAUCGACUGCUUUGGCGGUACAAGGUGGUGUGUCCUUCCAGAUUGUAGCGUUGGUUGCUUUGAUAGCCUUUAUACUAGGUGUCUUGGUGUUUUAG